GUUUUUUAAACGGAGGGUAACAUAUGUUAACGGAACUAAAGUUGAGGGUUUAUUUCACAGGAUUUUUAGUUGAGGGUUUUUUUUACGAUUCAUCUUUAGUUGAGGGGUUUAAUUACUAAAAACCUUUUUUUUUUAUUAGUCUUGAUUAUGUGGAACUAAAAGAAUCUUAUCGAAUCGAAUCGAAUAAUUAAGGUAGUCAAUGGUGACAUAAGAGCGGAAUUUAAUUAAUUUUUUUAUAAGUCCGCAGUGUUUACAUUAUGGUUCCGGGGUUGGCUUACUUUUAUUUUCUCAACCAGUAAUUAGCCAGCUUUUUUUGAGUUCGGCGUUAAAAACAUAAAAUUUUUUUUUAUUUUUAUUUUUGUAUUUAGUUUUUUUUUUUUUCCCUGAAGCUUGCGAAUUUCUUACAGUAUACUUAGAUCUUGUGCAUAUUAACAGAUCCAAAUAAUCAAACUGAAUCAAAUUAAUUUGAAUAAUCAGAACAGUUUCCUACUUAUAUGUAUUCAAAAUAAUUGCAACGGAUGAAAAUUAGAUAGAAAAUUAAUUGAAUAUACUAAUAUCUAAAAUAUAACUCAUAGGUCGGGAUAUUCCAUGUUAAUAAAAAAAUUAUAUGUAUUCUUCUAGUUAUUCAGAUUAUAUGCUAUUUUAUAUAAACGACUUAGUUAUCUAAAUUAAAACCAAACUGAGCCUGAUAUCUUUUGGAUAUUAUAUAACUUUUAAUUUUACUAUCCAACCAAACCAAAAAAAAAAAAAAUUAAAAGAACCCACCUAAAGCUUACUUAAAUAUCAUAAAUAUCCGGAACUCUCUAUAUUUAUAUACCCACUACUAAAAUAACCGAGUUGAACCAAAACAAAUGUGCUACUAACCAAACCGGAUACAGAAUAAUCUCGAAUUUCCCAAAAUUCGCUAACUUGGCGCUUAAAAACACUUGAAAGAACGAAAAUACAUUUAAAGCCGAAAAUCAAAAUCCCUAGAGAGCAGCAGAAGGAGAAGAAGAAGGAAAAUGUCGAGUGUUCUCUUCUUGGCUCUACAAUGUUGCGAAUGCUCAACGAUGCAAGUGAAGCAGAAGAAGAAAAGCAGCAACAACUGGGUUUGCGUCAUUUGCAAUCAGAAGCAGUCGGUGCGGAGAGUGUUCGCUCAGGGCUACAAGGCCAAGGACCUUCGUCUCUUCGUACAGUCCUUCAACAUGUCUCGUAAAGUCGCCGACGAGGAGAAGCAGGAGGUCGCAGAUACGUUUCCGGAGGUUGAAGCUGAUGAGGAGGUUGAGGAGAUUCGAGGUAAGAAGCGAUCUGAUUGGAGUGAGUACCUCGAUUCCGAUCCACCUAAUGAACGGCGGAGAUUAAUCGUAGAGGAAGACGGCGAAGAAGAAGAUUUGAAGAUUGUGACUGAGAUUCCGAACGAGAUGUUCAAAAGGCCCAAGCUUAACAGAUACUCUAACGACGGUGGAUAUUCAUCAGCUAAGGACGGCGUUCAAAGAAACGAUAAGGAGCCCUUAAAGCCCUCCUUCUCAAGAAGCUGCAUCCCAAAGCAAAGAUUUUCUUCAGAUGGAGUAAUGAAGAGGAAGAAGGAUACAGAGCAAGGAAACUUCAAACCAGCAAGAGUUACUAAGCCAACGUCAAAAUGGGACGCUUACUUGAUAGAUGACGAGGGAGAACACCAAGCAGCAAGAGGAGCUUCGAAAGAUGAUUGUGUUGGAGAAUGGGACAGAGGUAUUACGGAUGUAAGUUACCAGAUUGUAGAUGACGAGGUACAUCCCGAUUUCAUGUAGAUUAGAGAAAGUAUUAUGUUAAGGACAAGGAGGUUCCAGAUUAGAGAAGAGACUUGCUUGAGUUAAAUCA